AGCUGCCUCCAGAUCAGUUUGGUAGAGGUGUUCAGCACCAGCUGUGAUCAGUCGCUCUGCAUCCCGAUUCUUAGAAAGCAGCGGAGCAACCUGAAGCAGGUGAGCCGUCGCUCCGUGAAAAACCUGCGGACUCACCAGAGAUAUUACGGAAGUCUGGUUUAUAUGAUGAGGGACGCCUUGGUGGAAAUGAUUCCGGCUGCAUUUUACUGCCAAACCCGGCAACUUUUAAUCCCGCUCUUCUUCUCACCCCUUUCCUUCUUCUCAUCACGCUCUGGAUGUCUUUAAAGCGCAACAGUAUGCAGAUCUCUCCGAGCGAAGACAAGAUUCCGGUUGUGGAAUCCGCUUCAAGUCCUCAAGCCAGCUGCGAAGGCCUUUACUUUGGCGAUGGCCGACGGAAAAUCGACUAUGUUCUGGUGUUCAAUCAUCGACGCCAUAGCUCCAUACGAUCUGCCAGCGCCUCUGUUUCACGGGCCGAGUUAUCCGUCGUCUCUAAUGGCAACUUCCCUCCAACAGCGAGGUCGGAUGCAGCAACAGGAAGAGGACAGCCAGCGAGUGUUGGUGAGGUGUUUAUGGAGCUUGGAAAUGCAAGAGGGGGCGAACCGAUGGAGGUCGCCGACCAAGAGAUGCAACUGAUCAGACAAGAGUUUGAGGCCAACCUGCUCGAUGCAGGUCUGGAGAUAGAGAGAGACCGAGAGGUAAAGGCCCAUGGACUCAGCUUUACUCGGAUCCAUGCCCCUUGGCCUGUAUUGUGCAGAGAAGCUGAGUUUCUCAAAGUCAAAGUUCCUACCAAGACGAGUUAUGAACUCAAAGAAGAAACAGGUUUUGGGUCUAGACUGAGCUCCGUCUGGAGGAAACUCAACCAGCCGUUCCAGCCCAAAGUAUUUCACCAGGACCAUGGAAGCACCAAAUUCCUGUCACACUGCUUCUCACGGGAGAAGCUUCACCUAUACAACAUCACAUCUAAAGAGACAUUCUUUGAUAAUGCUACACGAGGCAGAAUAGUGUACGAGAUCCUGAGACGGACAGUUUGCGUGCGGACCUGUCAAACUAUUGGUAUCAGCACAUUAAUAGCCAAAGGCGUGUAUGAUGCUGCCUUCCCUCUUCACGAUGGUGACUAUAAGGUCGUAGGAAACCUCGAAGAACGCAACGACAGACAGGUUCUGCAUGAGGAGUGGGCACGGUACUCGGCCUUCUUCAAAUACCAGCCCAUUGAUCUGGUCAGGAAGUACUUUGGAGAGAAGGUCGGAUUGUAUUUCGCGUGGCUUGGUGUUUACACUCAGCUGCUCAUCCCAGCCUCAAUAGUGGGAAUCAUCGUGUUUGGCUACGGAGUGGCGACCGUGGAUACGAACGUACCCAGUCUUGAGAUGUGCGACGACCGUCUCAAUUUCACCAUGUGUCCUCUGUGUGACGGGGCGUGUGACUACUGGCAUCUCAGCAACGCCUGCGGCACAGCCAGAGCUUCACACCUCUUCGACAACCCAGCCACCGUCUUCUUUGCCAUCUUCAUGUCUCUGUGGGCGGUGCUGUUUCUGGAGCACUGGAAGCGUAGACAGAUCAGUUUGAGUUUCAGCUGGGAUCUGACGGGCAUCGAGGACGAUGAGGAACACCCUCGACCAAGAUAUGAGACCAUCCUUCUUCAUAAACGACAGAAGAAGCUGGAAAAAAUGCAAAAGAAGAACAAGACUGAGCGAGAGAAGCAGGAGGACGGGACAGUGACAGAGAAGGACAGAUGGAGACAAAAGCUGCUGUCUGCCAUGGCUGCAGGAAUACCGGUUACCAUUGAGAAGUUGACCUGGAAGGACCGUCUUCCUGGAUAUCUUGUGAAUAUUUCCUCUAUCCUGUUUAUGUUUGGGUUGACGUGUUCGGCAGUUUUUAGUGUAAUCAUCUACCGCAUCACAAUAUCAGCCUUGAUGGCAAUGAACCCUGACCCAGAGAUCAAGUCCAAUGUUCGUGUGACGGUAACGGCUACUGCGGUCAUCAUCAACCUUGUGGUCAUCCUGAUCCUUGAUGAAAUCUACGGUUAUGUGGCCCUGAGGCUGACUGAGCUAGAGAUUCCCAAAACAGAAACAGACUAUGAAGAGCGCCUCAUCCUGAAAGCCUUCUUACUGAAGUUUAUGAAUGCAUACGCUCCUAUUUUUUACGUGGCUUUCUUCAAAGGACGGUUUGCAGGUCGACCUGGAAGUUACACAUACGUCUUUAACAAUUAUCGAAUGGAAGAGUGCGCUCCAGGAGGCUGCCUCAUCGAGUUGUGUAUUCAGCUCAGCAUCAUCAUGCUGGGUAAGCAGCUGAUCCAGAAUAACAUCUUUGAGAUCGGCAUCCCGAAGUUGAAGAAGCUUUUCCGUUCUCUGAGGGACAAGAAGUCCACCCCAAAAGAGAGGGAUGAGGAGAAGCCACAUCAGUGGAACCUGGACUAUGCUCUGGCUCCAUUUGAAGGCCUCACACCAGAAUACAUGGAGAUGAUAAUCCAGUUUGGGUUUGUGUCGCUCUUCGUUGCUUCUUUCCCUCUCGCCCCACUCUUUGCCCUGUUGAACAAUGUCAUUGAGAUCCGACUAGACGCCAAGAAGUUUGUUACCGAGCUACGCCGGCCGGUCGCUGUACGGGCUAAGGACAUCGGCAUAUGGUACAACAUACUGAGUGGAAUGGGCAAAUUAUCCGUCAUCAUAAAUGCCUUUGUGAUCUCCUUCACAUCAGACUUCGUCCCUCGGCUCGUCUACCAGUACAUGUUCAGCCCAACAGGGACCAUGGAUGGCUUUAUUAACCACACGCUGUCCUAUUUUAAUGUUUCUGAGUUUAAACCUGGCAAAGCACCGCUCAACUCGCAGGCGGGAGAUAUCACUUUCUGCCGGUAUAAAGACUACAGGGAACCCCCCUGGUCUUCAGAUUCAUAUCAGUUCUCCAAACAGUACUGGUGUGUCCUCUCUGCAAGGCUGGCUUUCGUCAUUUUGUUUCAGAAUUUGGUGAUGUUCCUCAGCCUCAUGGUCGCCUGGGUCAUCCCAGAUGUUCCCAAAACGAUUGUAGAACAGCUAAAACGGGAAAAGAAGCUGCUGGUCAACCUGUUUUUACAGGAGGAGAAGGAAAAAUUCCAGCUUAUCCAGAGCUUCUUUGUCAAGGAUGCCACCCUCCAGUCUGACAGCCAAGUGCCCAACCCAAGCCAGGGUCUGCCACUCCCGGGCCGAUACAGUACUCUACCCAUUGGACCAACGGCUGGAGAUGGAGGAGGAGGACCAAGGGCAAGGUGUAGGGCGGCCAGCUUCAGCCAGUUCAGCGGGGACCUUUCCUCAUUGCCCGGGAAAGAGAACUCAAACUCCAAGCACACAGCGGUGUGACUCUAAGUGGAUGUAUAGGCGGGGGUGCUUCAGCUCAGCCUUGAGGCUGUGACUGCAGGAACCUGGUCCAUCUACGUCUUUACCUGUGUCGUUUGUGUCCUGGUGUGUGUGGCACAGUGGUGUGGUGAAUAAGUGGUCACCUUGGGAUGAGCUCCUACCUACUGAAUGGAUGUGUGUUGUUCCUACUCACACGACUGUUCACCUUAUAAAGUGUUGACAUUUUUACUUUUUGGUAAAAUUUCACGAUAUAGUGAGGCAUACCAGCUUCAUAGCGUAGAGAAGCAAUAAUUACCACAUUAGGCUGAAUAACUGAUCAUUACAGGAACUAUGAAGAAACAGAUCGCUUCAGUAAUAUGAACUGAACCAUUAUGAACAGACUGAUGAACAUUGUGGCUUUCCUUUAGGGCUGCCUGGUCUGUUUUCUGCUCUUUUACGUAUUUCUAUUUCAGUUUGUCUUUAAAGAUUUUGUAGCUUUUACAAUAUUCCACUUUUGCUGUACUCCUUUCUCUUUAUAAUAUCCAGGUAUCACUUUGUAUUGUACAGCUGCUGGUUAACGUUUCUUUACCGUUUUGCCCUACGUAUUGAUGGAUAAAAAAACAUGCCAUUGUGGCACAACAUGGUGCCAUGCAUUUCUGUUCAACCGGUAAUAUCAGAAUUUUAUUAUGUGUGAAGUUCAUCUGAAUCAGAAUCUACUAGCCAUAAGGACCUUUACCAGCUAACUGCAGAGCGAUGUUUAUCUACACUGAAAAACAUGAAUGCAAAGUGAUGGCCACAUCUGAGUUGGAGUAACCCUAAAUAAUUUCACUGUGAAAUUAUGAUCAAUUAAAGCUAAAUUGCUUCCGCAUUGUUUAAGUAUGAAAUGACGCAUCUUUCUGGUUAAACUGCACACCCGCUGUCCAGAAACAAGUCUUUAGCUCAUAAGGAAGAGUGAUUUAAUUUAGUAAAAAUACAUAACCUGUUUUGGACUGCAGACCCAUAAUUAUAUCCCUUAUGCAUCCAUUUAAAGUUUUUAUUUACAAUUGCAGAAUUUUUUUUUAAAUCAUCCAGCAAGCUACCAGGUUUAACGAGGCUCUUUAGUUGUUCCAAUUAGAAAUACUUUACAUUUUGUGUGCUAAGUUCAGAGUAAAUUUAGAGUUUUAGACAAUUUCUUUGAAAGGAAAUAUUAGGGACUAAUAAAGCUGCAGUUGUUGUACAGAACAUAAUUUUAAAUCAGUGUUGUGGCUUCUCAUUGUCCAGUUUUAUUGGCAGUGUUGACUGACAAGUGGAAGCCAUUUUUAAUAACAGGGCUGUAGUUAAUGAAGUUCAUCGUGAUUAAUAAAUAAUAAACUUUAAUGGAAAAGACACCACCUCUUUUAGCAAUGCCAACUUAGAUUUGGUCUGAGAAGUUUUGUCAUUUUUGUGUACUCGAUUUUUAAGAUUUAUUGUGAGUAAGUCACUGACAUUAUGCUAAUAUGCUGUGAUGUAUGUUGGGGCAACUUUGUAUUACCACUAUGUGAGUAGCUCUGAAAAUCAAUGUUUAAGUUGUAAUAAUAGCAGAGAACGUCUUCUUAAAAGGGUCUAUGUUCCCAGUUAUUACACUUUAGUAGAUAAUAGCUGUAAAAUAAUUCAUAUCUGUGUGAAACAAAGCAAGGACAGAGCAGUUCAAAUAAAUCUACUUAAAGGUAACGAAACAUGGAUAUGACAGAAACUCUAACAGCUACACUCAUUUUUACUGGGCCUUUCCACCGGAUGCGUACGCAUCGUGCAACAUCCGUGAAUUGUAGCACGUAGCAAUUAGCUGCCGUUAUAGUGAAUGGGUAUGUAGGGACUAAUCCUUUAAGUUCAGGCUCUGCACUUCCAGAAAGCAUCAAGUAUAGCAGUUCAGAAUGCACCCAAAAGGAAGUGAAUUAAGAAAGCAGUGUAAAACAUCUGGAGACUUUCAAAGUAAAAGUUGUGUAGAUUUCCAGUUGCUUAACUAGUAAAAUAGUACAUCAUUACCUACAAAACCUCCAUAGCUGAGAUACAUAUAACCACAGACCUUUUUGGAUAUACGCUGUUAUCUUUCUUCUUGCUUGUUAUCGCAUGAACUGAUGAAAUCACGCGUGGGUUUGCAGUUCUCCUGUGAUUUCCUGACCUUGUGGGACCAGCUGCAUGGAAAGCUUCCACUGCCGUUUUGAAUUUGAAAUGCUCCCGGUGGAAAGGGAGCUCGUGGGUAAACACUUCCAUUACAUUACGUGUCGCUUACACAUCGUGGAAGGCUGGGGUAACUGAAUUUAUGACUGUGGAAAAACACUGGAGUACUUCAAAAAAACAAGAGUACCUCAAAGAAAACCUGAGUACAUGGAGGAAACCAGAAUACCCAGAGUAAACCAAACCAAACCGGUAAACUCCACAUGCUUUUUUUUUUUUUUUUUUUUGGGUGAGUCAGCACUGCUAACCACCACCAUGCAGCCUUUUAUGUUCACUUUAGAUGAACAUUGGAUUUUUCUCCCCUCGAAUCAGCCACACAGAUUUAGCUGUCAUUAACACUGUUAGACAACAUAUCUGUGGCAAUUUGGAGCACCUUAAAAGACAAAGCUAAAACGUAUUAUUUCACUCAACACUUUUAUUUCACACUUUUAUGUGUUACAUUCUAUGGAACUAAUGUUCUGGUAAGAAGUAACAUCACAAGAUGAAAGACUUCCAAAGGAAUCCCUAUCAUGGAUUUCAAUUAGAGUCAUCCACAAAAUAGAAACUCACACUUAUUUAUUUUCUUCUAGGGACAGCAGCUAAUUGUCUAAGGUAUUUGAGCCAUCCUCAUAGGGAGUAGUGAGCUGCAGCAGUGGCUGUGCUCGGGGACUAAUGAGUGGUUUAAACCCCUAAUCCAACUCCUCAAUGCUGAGUGUCAAGCAGGGAGGCACUGGGUCUUAUUUUAGAGGUCUUUGACCCGACCAUGAUUUGAAGCCCUGUAUCGCAGUCGCAGGUCGGAUAUUCUACCACUAGGCCACUGACAUGAGGAACGCAGACAGAAAUACAUGAAAAAAAAUUACAAAUAAACAGAACCAGAAAACUUCUAUGUAAACAAAUACUUGUAAUUAUUUAUUAUUAAAACUGACAUGUUUAUUUAUUGGUUUAAAUAAAAAUACACUGUUAAACUGCUUUUACAUAAAGCUGUUGGGUAAGAAAAGGUUAAUAAGGAAUGUAAUUAGGAAUGAAAUGAAGCAUUUCACAAGAUGUGAUUGUUCAACACAGAGAAGGUUUACUGUUAAGCAAGUUUUUUACUUUGGUUUGCAAAGCCUCAAGAAAAGAAACAAGAUGAUUCAUUUCCCCUAAUCAUUUAAAGAAAAUUAAAGUAGACAAGAAUAAUAAACACCCUGCGACGGACUGGCUCUCUGUCCAGGGUGUACCCCACCUGACACUGGCUGGAUGGAAGAAUAAUAAACAAAACUGAAUAGAUUAAGUUACAAUUCAGGGAAAAGUCAGAUUUCAAAGAGGUGAUUCAUUCUAUUUUGGUUGUAUACUCAUUUAAAUAUGGCACAGAAAUUAUUCCCAGCUUCCUGAACUCCCCUUGAAAAACAAUGUGAUACAAACUGAAAUAAAUUGUAUUCAACCUUGUGUUGAACUGCUUUCAUGGUUGUAUGCAGAAGCGCUUUUAUGAUUAGCGUCAUUCAGUCCUACCGAUGUGUCUUGCUAAGUUGCUAUGGUUACUGAGAGAUUAUGUUGUGGGUCAUCUUGAAGCUCAACAAUUCUUCUUAAAAAUAUAAGUUCUGUAAAAUUUUUCUUCUGUUUCCAGUGCAGUGUAACUUCUCCUUAUUUCUAGUCUAACACCAACAUUUAUCAUCCGACUCAGUUACAGACUGUUAUCUUUAUAUGUAACAUACCUGAUAUUACUGAAUUGUGAUAAAGGUGUAUUUGCUAUAAAAUGA